AUGAUUGCAGCACCAAGUCAGCGCCCUUCAAGGGCUGCUGCUAAGCCUGCUGCUGUCCCUUCUUCUUCCCAUAGAAAUGCUGGUCCUGCUGCUGCUGCUGCUGCUGCUGCUCCUUCCGUCUCCUGGUCAACUCCUCCUCCCCCUACUUCCCUGCAGCAGCAGCAGCAGAUGCUGCAGCAGCAGCAUCAGCUGCAACAGCAGCAGUACCCGCCACCGCCGCCGCCGCAGCAGCAGGUAUUAGGAGAAUCCCCAGCAGGAGCAGCAGCAGGAGGUGGUGUUUGUCCUAUGCCUCCUCCUGCUGCACCUGCUGCUGCUGCUGCUGCUGCUGCGCAUGCAGAAGCAGAUCUACAGUCGUCCCCUUAUAUUGGUGUGGGGCCCCGAUCUGCUUCUGCUGCUUCCUUAAAGGGUCUCCUUAAGGGUGUUGGGGGCCCCUCCCCUGCUGCUCCUGCUGCAGCGCUGCGGCCCCCAGUCCCUCCUCUGCCCUUAGGUGCUGCUGCUGCUGCUGCUGCGCAGCAGCAGCAGCAGCAGCAGAGGCAGCAGCAGCAGAAGCUGGGUGCCUCCUUAGGACCCUCAGAGACCUACCUGAGGGCCCGCCGUAGUUCGUCGGUCAGCAGCGGCAAAGAUAUGAUGAUGCAAGAGCAGCAGCAGCAGCAGCAACUGCAGCAGCAGCAACUGCAGCAGCAGCAACUGCAGCAGCAGCAGCAGCACCGCAGCAGGCUUCCCCCUCAUCCUGUACAUAACGGACCUGCUACUGCUUGGCUAGAAGCAGCAGAAGCAGCAAGACAGCUGCUGCAGAAUAUGCGGGUACCUGCAGCAGCAGAUGAUGACCAGCAGCAGCAGCAGCAGCAGUUGCUGCCAACAGGGGAAGCCCGCUACCGCCGUGGCAGCAGGCAGAUAGAUGAACAGAGGGGAGAGAAGGAGCAGCAGCAGCAGCAGCAACAGCAACAGUUGCAGCAGCUGCAGCAGCAAGUUGCUGCGCUGCAGCAGCAACUGCAACGCGAGAGGCAGCAGAGGGCAGACGAGGCUGCAGCACUGCAGCAGGAGUCUGCUGCUCUGAGGCAGCAACUGCAGCAGCAGCAGCAACAGCAGCAGCAGCAGCAGCAGCAACUGCAGCAGCACGAUAGAGGAGAAGCAUUUGAUGAGGAGCGGCAGCAACUCAACGACCGAGUGCAGCAGCAGCAACAGCAGAUAGAGUUGCUGCAGCAGCAGCUGCAGCAGCAACAGCAGCACCAGAGUAUAAGUGCUGCUGCUGCAGCAGGCGGCGUAGACCAGCAGCAGGUUGAUGGUUUGCUGCAGCAAGUGCAGCAGCUGCAGCAGCAACUGAGCAGCAAGAGUCAGCAACUAGAGGAGAAGGAUAAGCAGCUGCACCAUCAGGAGCAGCAAAUACAGCAGCUGCAGCAGCAGCAGCUAUUGCUGCAGCGUCAGUUACGCGAUGCAGCACAGAAUGCUGCUGCUGCUGCUGCUGCUCCCCCUACAAGCAGCAGCUACAGCCGCAGCAACAGCAACAGCAGCAGCAGCAGCAGCAGAUUAGCAAGAUCGUUACAGACACUGCAGCAGGAAGUAGCAAGAAUUCGCAUGCAGCACGAAGCAGCAUUGCAGUGUCUAGGCAGCUCUCCUGCUGCAGUAGACCAGAGUGGUGCAGCAGCAGCAGCUGCUGCUGCUGCAGCAGCAACAGCAGCAGGUCAGCAAGCCUUUGACGACAUAGGAAAUAUAAUUCAUGGUAUGCAGCAAGAGCAGCAACGUCAUGAUCAACAGCAGCAGCAGCACGAGCAGCAGCAGCAGCAGCAGCAGCAACCCCGAUACAUCCAGCCGCUGCAGCAACCCGGCAGCCCCUGCAGCAGCGUUGCAUGCAGCACCCGUGUGCGCUCCCGUCGCAGCAGCGUGAGCAGCAGCAGCAGCAGUAGCAGCAGCAGCAGCAGUAGUAGUUGUGUUUCGUCAAUGUUAACAGCUGUACAACGCAUGCAAGAAAUAUAUACUCGUGCUGCAGCAGCAGAAGCAGCAGCAAGACAGCAGCAGCAGGACACCAGGCAGCUACACCGCAGCAGCUUUUCUUUUAUUUCCUCAAGAUUUAUACCUCUUAUACAAAAUAGUCAUCCUAAUACACCAUCACAUCUAAGUGUUGCUUCGUUGCCUGUAAACAAUCAGACACCCCCAAGUCGUAUGUGGAGCAGCGCGCUGCCUGGCCUGCAGUCCCAGCAGCAGCAGCUGCUGCAGCCGCAGCAGCAGCAGCAGCAGCAGCAGCAUAGGCAGUCUAGCUUACCUCAAGAUCAGCAGCACAGAGGAGAGCAGCAGCACCAGCAGCAGCAGCAGCUAUGGGAGCCUACCCAUUCACCGCAGCAGCAGCUAGCCAGCAUGCAAGGAGAUAUGCUACCGCCAAAACAGCAGCAGCAACAGGAACAGCAGCAACAGCAGCAGCAGCAACAGCAGCAGCCGCAGCAGCAGCAUACCACUUCAAGUAUCUUCGCGCUGCAGCGACCGCAGCAGACACCAACAACAACAGCAGCAACAGAAGGGCCAUUAGGCCUCUGCAGCAGCAGCGCCUCACCGGCAGGUUUUGCCCACCAGCAGCAGCAGCCGCUGCAGCAGCAGCAGCAGCAUGAACUGCAGCAGCAGCAGCAGCAGCAGCAGCACGAGCUGCAGCAACCUUUUGUAUGGGAGCGCCAAUCUCCCUCUCAUCUCAUGGCUCUAACAAGCCCUAGACAGAGCGUAGGACAUGGUGUUGCUGCUGCUGCUGCAGCAGCAACAGCAGCAGCAACAGCAGCAGCAGCAGCAGUAGGUGCUCCUCUCCCUCCGCCGCUGCUGAUGCAAGGCCCUGAGCAGCAGCAGCAACAACUGCUGCAGCAUGCAGUGCAGCAGCAGCUAAAGCCUUCCUUUGGUCCUGGUGCUGACGUAUCUCCAAAGCCACUGCAGCAGCAAGAGCAGCAGCAGCUGCAGCUGCAGCAGCACGAGCAGCAGCAGCAGCAGCAGCAGAACGAGCAACAGCAGCACCAACAACACGAGUUCCCGCAACCCGGUGUACAGCAGCAGCAUUACGACCUGCAGCAACAGCAGCAGCAACACGAGAUGCAGCAACAACAGCAGCACGAACUGCAGCACCAGCAGCAUGAGCUGCAGCACCAGCAGCAGCAGCAACACGAGCUGCAGCACCAGCAACACGAGCUGCAGCAGCAACAACACGAGCUACAUCAGCAGCAGCAACACGAGCUGCAGCAGCAGCAGCACGAGCUGCAGCACCAACAGCAGCCGUUUUCUCAACAACCGUCUUAUGGUGAGCAGCAGCUGCUGCAUCACGUACAAGAUGAACAGCAGCAGCACGAGCUGCAGCAGCAGCCGCACGAGCUGCAGCAGCAGCCGCACGAGCUGCAGCAGCAGCCGCACGAGCUGCAGCAGCAGCCUCACGAGCUGCAGCAGCAGGCGUCUGUGCCAGGCCUGUUAGAGCAGUUCGCUCAGCAGAGCCAGCAGGAACAAGAUCUGCAGCAGCAGCAGCAGCAACAUCAAGAGCAUGAGCAGCAGCAGCAUUUGCAGCAGCAGCAACACUUGCAGCAGCAGCAGCAGCAACAGCAGCAGCAGCAGCAGCAAGACAGGCAGACGAGCCUCGGCAGGCGUAGCGACAUGGCGUAUAUAUGGGAAGAUGAUAAUCAAGAAUUUUGGAAGCAACCGCAGCAGCAGCAGCAGCAGCAGCAGCAGCAGCAGCAGCAGCAGCAGCAGCAGGUUCAGGACAGUAGGCGCAGUAGCGCAAGAACAAUUGAUGACUUCUUUGCUUAA